UGAGCAUUAUCCAAAAUGGGCACAAUAUUAUUAAAGAGACAGCAAGUAGUAUUAAUGAUAAUAGAACUUUUGCAGACUUGCUUAAAGAAGUAUUAAAUAGCACUGAUUUAUCAGAUAUGAAUAUUACAGUUGAUUUUCAAUGCAAUAACUCUUCUACUUAG